CAAUUUUCUCUCCGGGACAGUAGGUGGCAGCGUGCACAUGAAUCCGUGGCCUCUAAACAGACUUGCGUAAUUUCUGUGAGGAAGAAGAACGUCGGCGCGCCGGGACGAACAUGGCGGCUGGGUACCGGGGUUCCUCGAAAUGGCUCUUCACCCCUGAACAAUUGGAAAAUACGCCGUCCCGUCGCAAUGGAAUCGAGCCGGACAGAGAAUUAUCUUACCGCCAGCAAGCUGCGAAUCUUAUUCAGGACAUGGGCCAAAGACUCAACGUAUCUCAGCUCACAAUCAACACUGCUAUCGUUUACAUGCACAGAUUUUAUAUGCUCCACUCCUUCACGAAGUUCCAUAGAAAUAUAAUUUCACCCACUACGCUGUUCUUAGCUGCAAAGGUGGAAGAACAGCCAAGGAAGCUUGAACACGUCAUAAAGGUUUCGCACGCCUGUCUCAAUCCACAGGACCCUCCGUUGGACACCAAGAGCAAUGCAUACCUUCAGCAAGCUCAAGAACUGGUCCUUCUAGAAACGAUUGUACUGCAAACCCUCGGGUUUGAAAUAACAAUAGAGCAUCCACACACAGAUGUUGUGAGGUGUUCCCAGCUAGUCCGAGCAAGCAAGGAUUUGGCCCAGACUUCCUAUUUCAUGGCUACCAACAGCCUCCACCUCACCACCUUCUGCCUGCAGCACCGCCCCCAGGUGGUGGCCUGUGUGUGCAUCCACCUGGCCUGCAAGUGGUCCAACUGGGAGAUCCCCAUCUCCUCCGACGGCAAGCACUGGUGGGAGUACGUGGACAGCGGCGUGACGCUCGAGCUCCUCGACCAACUGACACACGAGUUCCUUCAGAUCCUGGAGAAGACGCCCAGCCGGCUGAAGCGCAUCCGAAACUGGAGGGCUAACCAAGCCGCCAAGAAGACGAAGUCGGACAACCCUGGCGACAACUCAUUCCAAGGCCUGUGUCUGGCCAAGAACAACUCGCUGGACAGCCUCCUGGACAUGCGCGGCGCCUUCUCCGACCUCUCCUCUUCCUCCUCUUCCUCCUUCCAGCUGGACAUGCCCUCCGGCUCGGCCGCCUCGCUCUCUCUCAACGGCAUGGCGGGGCUGCAGGCUUCCGCCUACCCCUUCCCAGCAUCCUCGGCGCAGGCAGACGUCUACGGUCUGAAGGCGGACCCCAUCGGCGCCUCCCUGGGCUCCCAGCCGCCGCUGCUCCUCCAGCCGCCGCUGGCCCCUUCCCCCCCACCUGUCCCCGCCCCCGCGAAGCUCUCCCUGGACAAGUACCGGGAGAAGCAGGCGGCAGAGAUAGCCAUGGCCAAGCGUCGCGAGGCGGAGCGCACCGACGUGUCGGCCACCGCGGCUCAGCCGGAACCACACCGCAAGCAAGCGCACCACCACCACCAUCACCACGGCAGCAGCCACUUGCAGCCGCUGGGUUCCGCUGGCGACGGCUCAGUCAGGGUGAAGUAUGCCACCGCGCCCGGCUCCGAGCCUUCGUCAUCCUCCUCCAGGUCCUCGUCGUCCAAGAGCCUGAAACGGCGGUUGCCCGCCUCGGAGAACGGCAACGGAGGCAGCAACCAAGAGGAGCUUCGCAUGAAGAUCAAAGUCUCAGAGCGCCACGCGGCCUCUUCCUCCUCUUCCUCUUCUUCCUCGGGCGGCUACGGUGGCCUGGAGGUGCCCGGCGGCUCGAGCAGCAAGAGCAAACACGCCAGCCCGCGGCAGAGCCGAGACAAACACCGGGAGCACUCGAGCCACCGGCAGUCCAAACACGGCCACGGCCACGGCCAUUCUCACUCCAACACGCUGACUCUGGGCGGCCACGGCGACGCCUCGUCCACAUCCUCCUCCAGCCACCACCACCAUCACCAGCAGCAGCAGCAGCAGCAGCAGCAACAGCAGCAGUCGCAGCCCCACCACCACCACCACUCGUCCAAGUCCAGCCGCAGCUCCAAGAGCUCCAGCGGCUCCUCCUCCCACCACCGCAGCAGCGGCGGCAGUACCGGCAGUGUCCAGCAGGAUGCGCUGUGCCAGAGUGCCGGGCUGAGUGCGGCCUUCCCCGCCGCUGCCCUGCCACACCAGGGCGCAUACGGCUCCCUGAGCACCUUAGUAAAGGCAGACAAGAAGCCCAGUGAGAGCCACGGGCCCGACCCCUCCCUAGCCCUGAACGGCCAGCACAUGGACUACGAAGACACAUUCAACAUGCUCGACUCCUUGCUAAGUGCCCAGCAAAUGAACUACUAGACGAGAAGACGGUGAGAGAGAGAAACCAUGCGAGUUUUUAAUUUAUCUCCCAUUUAUCAGAGUUAAAACAUACACACACACACAAUUGUGUUUUUUUUUUGUUUCUUUUCCUUUAUCAUAGUAAAUGAGUAACCUCCACAUUUACGAAUCUUGACCUAAAACUGCGUCUUGCAACAACAAACAAAAAAAAAAGAGAUCUAUAUAUAUAUUAAUAUAGAUAGUCAAAUGCUACUCUGGAGAAGAAAAAAAAAAAUAUGUGAAGUAUUACCACCUGUCGAGGCUUCCUGCUAGAUCAACGGCUUCUCUAGCAGCUGGGACUCAGGUCAAGAGCGGGCGAAGACGUGGUUCGGUUUCAUUUAAUGAGAUGAUGUUUUAUACCGUUUGUGCUUGUUCCAAUCAAAGGGAGAACCUCGGGUUCUGAUGACUGUUUACAAGACGUGCAAAAGAGGAGAAACUGUUUUUCGCGCAUUUUUGUAUUUUUAAACUCUAUUCCUCAAACGCUCAGGUUUGGAGAUGCUUAAGGAUGUAACAACAAAUAUGAAAGUCUAUAUACAUACAUACAUUCAUUCAUACAUACGUACAUACAAACAUAUCUACACAGAUUAUUAUGUUGGUCCAAUGGUGAAUUUUAGGGCAGAUCUUAAGCAUCUUGGUUGGGGUCUGAUCAUCCACUCUGCUGCUAUAAGUGAUACAGGACGGAAACCCCCAGGCUGAUCGCCUCCAGGCUCCUCCUCGCCCCUGUAUGACUACUGACAUAGCCUUUGAACACCAGGGCCACUGGCACGGCACAGCAAUACAUAGGCCAGCCAGCGAGCCCGGUGGUUUAUCCUGUGGCAGUCGGGAGGACCGGCCGGCAGAGACUAGCGGAGAGGAGGAGGCCAGGGGCGAGUCGGAGGAGAGUUCGGAGCUGGGUCGUUUUUUCGUCCUUCAGUCUCAAACAGGUUCACGUUCCGGGUGUGUGGGGGGCUUGUAAGUUUUUGCGAAUUCAUAGACUUACGACCGUAAAACUGGAUGCCAAAGGUAGUGCCUGAAAACUCUCUAGCAGAUUAAAAGUCAGAAUUAUAAAUUACGUUUACAAGAGGAUUUUUUUUUUUUUUUUUUCUGUAAAAGUGCAUUUUAGAAGAGCCUGGUUCAGUGUCACCCCAGAAAUGGGAAGGAAAAAAAGAAAAGAAAGGUGGAAAAAAAACUGAAAUGUAAAAUGACUUGUCUAAGUAAGCCCCCAUUCGCACCAUGCAAACUCUUUUAAAAAACAUGAUUCUGGGUACAGCCUGAUGUUUUAUUCCUUUUAAUAUGCAGAUUCUUGAUUGUUUUUGAAUGUUAUUCAGACUCAUUUCUGUUUUAUUUGUGGGUUUGUGAAACGUGCUACUAGUGAUUUUACUCCACAUAGGAUUCGUGUAGCUUAAAAACAGACUGUCCCCAAAAUCUUGAUGUCCAGUGUUUCAAUGAGAAUAAACCAUACGCAUCUCAGUGA